GGGCCGCUCUCUCUCUUUCCCUCUACUCAACGCAACGGAGUAGUUUCAUAGGAUGCUCCAUCGAUCCACCUGGAGACUGGCCUCCGGCGCCGGCAACGCCUUCAUGGACAUCGCCAUUGGCCACCAAACGCCACGCCGCGUUAGCUUUGAGCUGUUCACAAAGAAGUGCCCCAUUGCGGCAGAAAACUUUCUUAAGCUGUGCACCGGCGAGAACGUCCUUCCGCAAGUCUCGAGCGUUGAGGGACUCGCUGAGCCGUCUUUUAGCGAUCAGUUCCUACCGCAGCUGACCUACCGCAAUACCUCGAUUCACCGCGUGAGUAAGGGGUACGUGGUGCAGGGAGGAGAUAUCGUGUCAGGCAAAGGUACGCAUCAGCUCUCGAUUUACGGGGAGACCUUCGACGCACCGGAGGAGGUGAAGGCGUCGAAGUUCGACAAAAAGGGUUUGCUGGGCACGGCGGUGAGCGCGCCGCACCUAAAUGGGUCGCAGUUCUUUAUUCUCACCGCGGAUAAUGCGCCGCACCUGAAUGGCACGUGUAUCUGCUUCGGACGUGUCGUGGACGGCUGGGAUGUGGUGGAGGCGAUGGAUGCGGUGCCCCUCACAGCUGCCGGCACACCUGCAGAGAGCAUUCUCGUUGUAGAAUGCGGCAAACUGUAG